CUCUCGUCUGCUCAGAAGAGCAUCAUUGAGCUGGCUCUCUCCCCAUAUGACCAGGGUAUGCUAGUCGUUGGAGCCAAAGCUGGCCUCGUCGAAAUUUUGCGGACCGACACUCUGUUGACUCGCCUUCAGCGCUUUUCUGUGCUCCAUUCUAUCACAGGUUCUCUUUGUUCAUCACUUGGUACUGUAUCUGUGUCGGCAGAUGUUGAUCUGUAUACAAAUUCAGCAACCACAUCACGCACAGAUCCCCAUUGUCUUUUGACCCUUCGGUUUGCCCCCGUUCCAAAUUGGAUGGCUGGUUCGACCCCCCUCAUUGCUCCCGGUUGUAAUCAGGAGGCAAGAGUUUGCGGUGGUUGGCCUGCGAUGUCUACCAUGAAUGCAGCGCAACCAGCAACAAAGUCUGAUACUGACCUUCGUUCAGAGGUUCCUGAUUCAAGUAUAGGCAUAGAACAGUUUAAGCGCUACUCCGGCUGGCAGCUGAGUGAUGUUAUACACGUUAAGCUGCACAAACUGUCUAAGACUUUAUAG